GAACGGCCGAUUUUCAGAGGCAUAUCGCAUAAAUCAUGAAUCAUCUGGAUAUCAUCAUCGGGAUCGUCACGACCUGAAACACAUUACACCGAUCAUCAUCGUCAGCAGCUCACGGUAAUGAUAGCAGUUGGUCCCUCCUCUUGGGCACCGUGAGCUGAGGUGCGGUCUACCUGCUGUUGCAAAAAACGUCUUCCUCAAUGGUAUCGACUUGUGAAUUAUCAUCGACGACCAUAAUGGGUGUAGCACCAUCGUGAAGACUCGACUUCGAGAUGGAUCUUUUGUAAACAUCCCUCGUCACGCUUCUGAUGGGUAAAUCAAAGUCAAAGAAAAAGAAAUGGGUUAAAAAUUUAAAAUCUGAAUCUACAGAAUCGGAGAUUCCUAUACCAAAUUUGCCAGAAAAAAUCCUUUUAAUGCGAGUAAAAAGUGGUACAAAAAUCAGAAAUGUUCUUGGAUAUGCGUUAAAAGAAUUCGCAAAUUAUAAUUGUAUUGUUUGGACCGCAGCAGGUCAUGGUAUUGGAAAAGCUAUUUCCUGUGCAGAACUUUUCAAAAAGAAACAAGAAGGCCUUCAUCAAAUCACUAGAUUACGUUAUGUGGAAUCGCAGAAAUCAAAAGAGGAAAAUAAAACUAACGCAAAUGUGGAAACUCGUCAUGUACCGGAAAUACAUAUUUUUCUCGGAAAGGAAGUAAAAGAUAUAUCCGUACCUGGUUAUCAAGCACCUGGUGAUAAUGGACAAUUCAUAAAUAACGAAGAUAUAAAAAAUGGAGGAAAAGAAAAGAAAGAAGAAACUGGUAAUAAUUUAAGUUGUAUUGAUGCCGAAGAAUUUGCAGCUAUGGGUUUGAGAACUGGUCAAAAAAGAUCAAAGAAAGAGCAUCAAACAGAAGCGCCACCAAAAAAAAAUAAAAAAAGAGAAAACGAUGAUCAAUAAAAUUAAAUUGUAUUUUAUAUAAAAUUCUAUCAGAAAGAUAGAAAUAUAAUUCAAAUAUAAGAAUAAAAAUUUAUUUCAAUAAA